UGUUUUUGGACACCUUGAGUCGAACUGUCCCUUACAUUUCCCCCCCGCUCUCUCCUAUUGGCUACUAUCAUGCCUAAAGAUUGUAAAGAUUGUGUGUGGGGCGGUCUUACCAAUUACCACUACUACUUAGUUUCUCUGCAUGGAUGACAGACGAUCACCACAGUUCACUGUGAGGAGGAUGGCGGAGGAGCUGCACCCAGCCGAGCACUGGUACAGGUGCAUCUCCAGUUGGCUUCCAUCUUGGUGCCCCACCUCCCUCUCUCAGCUAAAGGAUGCAGAGGACAAAAUGCUCAAGGCUGUGAAGACCCCAUUCUCCAGGCAAGAUGUCCCGAUAUCCAAUGGCAACUAUGUCUGGACCAUAGCCUUCAACGCCAAAGGAUAUCCCUCACUCCCCCCCCAGUCUCAUCCCCAGUCUCAUCCCCAGUCUAAGCCCCAGUCUCAUCCCUCUUCUCCCCAGCCCCAGUCUAAGCCCCAGUCUCAUCCCUCUUCUCCCCAGCCCCAGUCUAAGCCCCAGUCUCAUCCCUCUUCUCCCCAGUCCCAGUCUAAGCCCCAGUCUCAUCCCUCUUCACCCCAGUCCCAGUCUAAGCCCCAGUCUAAGCCCCAGUCUCAUCCCUCUUCUCCCCAGCCCCAGUCUAAGCCCCAGUCUCAUCCCUCUUCUCCCCAGCCCCAGUCUAAACCCCAGUCUCAUCCCUCUUCUCCCCAGCCCCAGUCUAAGCCCCAGUCUCAUCCCUCUUCUCCCCAGCCCCAGUCUAAGCCCCAGUCUCAUCCCUCUUCUCCCCAGCCCCAGUCUAAGCCCCAGUCUCAUCCCCAGUCUCAUCCCUCUUCUCCCCAGCCCCAGUCUAAGCCCCAGUCUCAUCCCCAGUCUCAUCCCUCUUCUCCCCAGCCCCAGUCUAAGCCCCAGUCUAAGCCCCAGUCUCAUCCCUCUUCUCCCCAGCCCUCUCUCCAGCGCCGCCCCCGUCCUCCGCUGGUGCUGCUCCAUGGGUUUGGGGGCGGUGUGGGUCUGUGGGCUCAGAACCUGGACUCUUUGUGUGGCAGUGGAGCCAUGUAUGCCCUGGAUCUGCUGGGGUUCGGUCGGAGCAGCAGACCCCUGUUCAGCGUGGACCCCCAGGGGGCAGAGGAGCAGUUCCUAGGGGCCCUGGAGGAGUGGAGAGACAGGGUGGGCCUGGAGGAAAUGAUCCUGCUGGGACACAACCUGGGAGGAUACCUGGCUGCUGCUUACACACUUAAACACCCACACAGGGUGAAACACCUGAUCCUGGUGGAGCCAUGGGGGUUCCCGGCCCGCCCAGAGAGCAUGGAUCAGGAGAAGUCUAUCCCAGUGUGGAUCAGAGCCAUGGGGGUCGUCAUGAGUUCCUUCAACCUCCUGGCUACACUAAGACUGGCUGGACCACUGGGUCCGAUGUUGGUCCAGACAAUCAGGUCAGAUUUUAAACAGAAGUACUCUCCAGUGUUUGAUGACAACACCGUAUCAGACUACAUCUACCAUCUCAAUGCACAGACACCCAGUGGUGAAGCAGCGUUUAAGAACAUGACGGUACCAUAUGGCUGGGCUAAGAGACCGAUGCUGGAUCGUAUCGUACACAUCCGACCUGACAUUCCCAUAUCCAUCAUCUAUGGAUCCCGAUCCAGCAUCGACAGUGACUCGGGAUACACUCUCCAGAAAACCAGACUGGAUGUGGACAUCGUGGUGAUAAGGGGAGGAGGUCACUAUGUAUUUGCUGACCAGCCAGAUGACUUCAAUCAGAACAUUCUUCACAUCCUAGCCAGGAUGGACGGAGUGAAAGAUGAGAGGAGGGAGAGAAGGAUGAGAGGAGGGAGAGAAGGAUGAGAGGAGGGCGAGAAGGAUGAGAGGAGGGAGAGAAGGAUGAGAGGAGGGUGAGAAGGAUCAGAGGAGGGAGAGAAGGAUGAGAGGAGGGAGAGAAGGAUGAGAGGAGGGAGAGAAGGAUGAGAGGAGGGAGAGAAGGAUGAGAGGAGGGAGAGAAGGAUGAGAGGAGGGAGAGAAGGAUGAGAGGAGGGAGAGAAGGAUCAGAGGAGGGAGAGAAAGAUGAGAGGGGAGAGAAGGAUGAGAGGAGGGAGAGAAGGAUGAGAGGAGGGAGAGAAGGAUGAGAGGAGGGAGAGAAGGAUCAGAGGAGGGAGAGAGGGGGGAGAGAAG